GCGCAUGCUACGCUAAAUAACUUGCUAUUUAGCUAGAGUCUAUUACAUUGGAAGCAGAGUAAAUUUCACGUGUAUUAUACGACCACGCACGUUCUCAGUAGUGCAGUUUGUGUGAGUACUGGAUACUGUCAGUAUGAGUGACGUCGAAAAUAAAUCCCCCAGGGAUAGCAGCCGCUCGCGCUCUAGAUCACCCGCCCCAAAGAAAGGCGAUACCUACGCGGCCACUAACGACCGCAGUGAUAAUCGCAGCGCUUUACCCAGCACCAAGACUGUUGAGAAACCGUCUACUGAGAAGGCUGCAGGCAAGGUCAAAGCUAAACGCUCCAGCAAAUCUCGUUCAUCAUCACGCAGGCGAUCAAGUAGAAAAGACAUUAAGAAAUCGUCGCGUUCACUGAGCCGUAGCAGAUCUAGAUCGCAUUCCAGAUCCCGAUCUAGAACCAGGUCGAGAUCUCCCACGCGCAGUCGCAGCAGGGGUAGACGUAGCCGAAGCAGAGGCUAUUCUCGGCGUGACAGUCCUCCGCGUAAAAGCUUUGGAGGCUAUGCGCGUCGCGGUGAUCGUGACCGUCCCCCGCCCUCCAAGGUGUUGGGCAUCUUUGGCCUGCACCCCAACACAGAGGAACGCGAUGUUGUGUACGAGUGUGAGAGGUACGCAGACGUAGACCGCAUUGACAUGGUAUACGAUCGCCAGACAGGCCGUUCGCGUGGGUUCGGGUUUGUGUACUUCUUCUCCAUCCGCGAUGCCGAGAAGGUGAAGGAUCGCAUGAAUGGCAUCCGAUUGGACGGCAAGCAGAUCCGCGUGGACUUCUCCAUCACCAAGCGCGCGCACUCGCCUACCCCGGGACACUACAAGGGCGACAGAGACAGACCCCGUCCCAGUGCUCGUGAUGUGCCACGACGCUCGCCUCGACGCAGAGGACGCUCCCGCAGUAGCAGUCGAAGCCGUUCACGCUCGCGCUCGCGCACCCCAAGGCGCAGAAAAAAGGACCGGUCCGUGUCCCGUUCGAGGUCACCGCGGCGCGGCUCUAAGAGCUCCAGAUCGGAGCGCAAGAGCAGCAAGGAUGCCGGUAAAGACAAGGACGGGGAUGUAGAUACCAAAGACAAGGACGCCAAGGCAGUCGAUACCGUUCCGGCAGACAAAGACGCACGUGCGCGCUCGAACUCACGGUCGCGUUCGCGCUCGAAGUCGCCUGCCCGUGCCAGCGCUAAGGAAGAGUAGGAACGCACUGACGAAGAUUCCCGCGGAGCAAUCUUUGACUUGUUUUCAUACGACUGCGUGGCCUCAAAUUAGCGUUGCCAUGGUUACCGCCAGACGCAGGUCACCCCUCAGUACAGGAAGUAUGGUAUAGCAGCGCCUAUCGCUGUGUGUGUCCUGCGUUCUUAACGCAUAUAUAGUGAAUAUACAGUCAUGUCCUGGUGUGUAUUAGGAUGCUUAUUGCUCAUGCACAGGUAUGGGCUUGCGCGUCCCAGUAGCCGUACUACUACAUCUAGCACCGAGCGUGCACUCGUCCGGGCAGCGCUGUAUACAUGCGCACUGGUUUGUGUCACACGUAAACGUGUACGUUGCACAGCCGACUUUGCACUGUAUACGCUUUCGUACGAUAUUCUAUAUAUCUAUGCCAACACCGAGCGUAUCAGUCGAAUGAACCAUGGCUGCUGCAGGGGCAGUUGGUGGGGACAGUCACUGUUACUGUUAUAGACUCCCACGCGAUACCGCUAUGUGCAUAGACCCGACUACCGCCUUGAUCAAUAAAUAUC